AUGAGCAGAAACUACAUGUCCAAGUAUGAAGAGAUGCAUAAGGGAGACUACUUUAUGUCCAACAACCACAAGUGGAAAGCUUGCUUCCAUGAGGAUGGCAACUUUGGGAUCUAUGUCAGGAAGCCCAUGUGGAACUCUGACACCGCUGGCCAGCGCGACGCCUAUCGCCUGUGCAUGCAAGACGACUGCAACUUUGUAAUGUACCAGAAGGACAACAAGAUGAUAUGGCUGACCAAAUGCCCGGCGUCCGGUGGCUGUGUAAUGAUUUGUCGCAUGUGGCUGUGUAAUGAUGGCACCAUGGUGGUGGAGAGAGACGGAGAGGAGGUGUGGUCCUCUGCUCAGUCUAAGGGAUUCAAGCAGUGA